CCUAUUAUAUUCCUAAAUUACGUAGAAAAGAUAUUAGAAGCAAUAAUCAUAAAACGGAUCGCCCUUAUAGUAGAAGAAUAUAAACUCUUACUAAAGGGCCAAAUAAGGAAUAAAAAAAGGAAAUCGAUAAAACUUGCAAUUAGAAUAAUAAUAGAAAUAGUAUAUAUAACGUAA